AUGUCCAAGUCAAAGUAUAAUCUGAAAGAAGCUUUCGACGAUCUCAAUAACGUUCUUAGCACAAAAUCAGUAGGAUCUGAGAAGAAAAAACGUGGAAGACCAUCAAAGAAAGGGAGCUCUAUUGCUUCUAAAGAACCAAAUCUCUUUUAUGAUACCAAUACGGCUACUUAUCAGCAAGCUAUAGAUGGCUUGGGAUAUUUGCUUCAUGAAUAUAAAGAUAAUAAAGAUGUUGCAAAGAAAUCAAGAGACAUAUUGUGCCACAUCGCUUUAAUAGUUAUUAAUAGCGGUUUGCUUGAAAAUGGUCAAGAAGACGAUUGGGCGAAAAUUGUACUUGAAACCCUUUCUCUGAUUGAGGUACUUUCUCGCAUGAAGUAUAAUCAAUGUGAAUUAUACAGUCCUGAAGGUCAACGUUACUUCUUUGUGGAUUUUAAUAAAUGGACAAUAUCUGUUACAAUAUCCACGACAGCAUCCGCGGAGGCUAAUCGCAAAAUUUUUCAGGAGGAUGAAUCUGCAGAUGUUGAUAUUGAUGGUCAGAAUCUUUCCGUUAAUGAACAUGUUCUUACUAUGACAUUUGACCCUGUUGAAGGCAGGAUAAAAGACAGUAUUGAGAAAAUAUUUACUAAUCAAAAAAUUAAACCAAGGACACAGCAACCAAAAGUUUCUGUUUCCAUAGGAAUUUUACAGCCGCAUUCUUCUUCGUUCAAUACGACCACCGCUCUUGAUACUUUGUCGAAAUCUUUAGAAGCCUCCAAGACACCUACGUCUGAUCGAAUUGAUAGACAUAUUAACAUAUUAAAAGAUACUGAUUUUGAUGAAGUCACUCUAGUGAACGUUGACGAAUCCCAAAAUAAUACAAGUACAUUCAAUAAUAUUCUUGCGAAAAGCCGCAGCCAAUUGCCAAAAAAUGUUACACCACCACCUUUACCAAUAUCGUCUUCGUCAAAUGAAAAUUCACCAUGUAAUAACAUAAAUUCUAUGGAUCGCAAGUCACUAACGCAAAUAUUAGAGAAUAAUUAUAAUGUCAAUCAUCGAUAUGCUUUUCCACCUCCAAAACAGCGAACAAAGCCAUUGAAUUUGUCUGCUUCAAAGCAAAAAAGCAAAAUUAGUAAUAAUGCUGAUCUUGUGGAAAAAGACAACGAAAUUGUUGUGAAUAAGACAAUAUUAAACAAUGAAUGUUCGAGUUCAAGUGCCAUAAGAAGUAAUGAGAACGUUUCGACAACUGUUAAUGUAAAUAGUGUGCAAAAGCGAACAGAUCAAUCUAAAUAUGACAAAGAUAAUCCAAAAGACAUAGUAAGAAGACAAGCAGAAACUCGAAAUGACACAAAGGUAUCAAAUGGUACGGAUCUUGAAAACGCACGAUACCAAUCAAACGUUGCGAAAAAUAAUAACGGCUCUUCAGUAAAAAACGACAAACUGUUUGGCUUACCACGUGCAAACGAAAAUCUCAACUCUUUAGCUAAAGCAAAUGCAACAAGAAAAAAUUUAUUUAAUAACGUUGCUUGCAAAAACAAAAAUGAUACCGGGGAAAACCGUGAAGUAAGUCACGGAGGGAGCAAACGAAAAGCUCUGGAUUUAAAUGAUGACGGACCAGAAUAUCCGGAGCAAUAUCGAAGUGACGAUCAACUCAAAAGCAACUCUAAUUAUCGAGUUAUAACAAAAAAAGGAGGAAAGAAAUUAGUUGUGGUCGAUGAUGACGAAAGUCAAAUAAUGAGUGAAGAAGAAUUUUGGAAUCCAAAGCAAAAUAACUAUGAUUCCUCAAGUGAUAUUGAAUCAUUUACAAAUUAUUUGGGCGAAGAUGAAGAUAAAGAUGAUGAAGAAAUUUCGAUGCAGGAUGAUAGUUCACCUACUAUUAAUGAUAAUGACGAAGCAAUACAAGAACACGAUAAUGGGCAACAAACAUUUGCAGAUGAACAAUUGGAUGAGGAAAUCAGAAGUUUACUGCAACUCGUUGGAGAGGCAAUAUUUAAACAAUUUCAAAAACAAGACUCUACACUAUUUCAAGCUUCUGAAAAUGCUAUAAUUCAAAGCGAGACAAAUUUGAGUCAAAGCUUGGAGAAACAGUUUGAACGCAAGAACAAUUACACAUUAAUUGCAUCGGAAUCUCAACAGAUGAUGAACAAAUUGAAGGAAGGAAGAAAUGAUCUAGAAACUAUGGAACGGACCUUGAUUGAUAUGGAAACAAUGGAUUUAGACUUUGGAAUAAAUAUCGAAU